ACUUUUAACGUUCACAGGUUUAACUGUAGUAUACUGUUCUCUCAUGUGACACUCUUUGGCCUGUGAAUGUCUGAGAGAGAUGGAAGAGGAGGUUUGCUACUCCAGUGUGUUUUUCAUCAAAUCUGAAGAUGCCAAACCAAGAGACAGGAAGUGUAGUGGACAUUGCCAGAAAGGAUGGGUAUACUAUCAAUCAAGUUCAAAUCAUCUUAAUGCCAGUCUCUGAGGAGCAGGAUGCAGAGCAAACUGUGUAUGCAGAAGUCAAGAAAAAAGAAGUUCAAUCAGAGCCCAUCCCCAUCCCAGUACCCAUCCCCAGCCCAGUAACAGAGGAACAUAAUGCUGAACAAACUGUGUAUGCAGAAGUCAAGGAAAAUGAGGUACAAGCAGAACCCAGCCCUGCAAAAGCAGAUGACCAAUCUCGGCCUGGUCCUCACCGAUAUGGCUGUGCUGUGGUGGUCCUUGGCCUGCUGACUGCUCUCCUCCUCUCUGCCCUGGUGGCUUUACUUGUUUACUAUCAAGGUUAUGCGUUUGAGUCUAACAUGCUCUUGAUGAGAGAGAUACAUCAACUCGAAAACAAAUACACCACCUUAAUGACCGACUAUGUCAAUCUGAGCAAUUACAAUGAGAUGUUAGAGGCUCGUUAUGAAAACACAAGUGCUGCAAACCAACAUCUGCAUUCAGAAAUGUCUCAACUACAGCAGGAGAAGAAAUCAUUGAUGAUGGAACGGGACCAUCUCAAUCAGACCCUUGAGGUCAUUUUCCAGUUCACUGUCUUUCCAGUUGAUGAUUACUGUCCUAUCACAGAUCAUGCAGCACAAGAAAGAAAGUGUGAAUAUUGCAAAACGGGAUGGGUAUACUAUCGAUCAAGUUGCUAUUUAUUCAUCUAUAAAAGUCCGCGCUGGAAUACCUGGUGGGAAAGUAAAGCUGAUUGCACUAAGAAGAACUCUCACUUGGUGACCAUAGACACAGCAGAGGAACAGGCCUUCAUUAAUAAUCACACAAAGUAUUACUAUGAUAUAGUUCAUGGAUAUUGGAUUGGACUGAGCAAAAUACAGGGCCAAUGGCAGUGGGUGGAUGGCCGUGACCUCACUGGAGGGAACUGGAUUAGUAUGAACCAUGCUUGUGUGACAUCAAUGCCUAGCACUGACCCCUCCAGGAGUUGGAAGGCCUACCGAUGUUCGAUGAGACACAGAUGGAUCUGUGAAAUGGAAGCUGCUUCAUGGCCUGAGUGAAUUCAAAGAUGCUGCUGCUUAGGAAUUUAAACAUUUGCAAAAAUAAUGUGUAGUGAUUUCAAACAUCUGCAAAGACAAUGCGAGUUUUUGAGCAUAAUUCUAUAAUCAACUUGUUUUUUUUCAUUAAAGAAGUGAGUUUGACAGAUCAAGAUAAAAAUCAGUCCAUCCAUUACAGAGGUAUUUUGAAAUGCAUCAAUGGCACAGCUUCUUAACCCUUUAAGGUCCGCACCAAGAAAAAAGCAAUGGAAAAAUAUUUGUUUGCAUUUCUUAAUUAAUUAGGACAUUAAUAACAAAAAUCUAUUGUUUUUUCAAAUUCAGACCCCACAGUUUUCUAGAUAUAGGCCUUUACCAAACGGUUGAGAUGUCUGC